ACAUGUGUUGCAUAAUAUGGCGGCUUUGAUGUUUUUAUCAAGCUAGGAGAUGUACUUUGUGAAAUCUAUCAUCUUCAAAUAAUCUGGCUUUUGUAUGUUAAAUUCAGAAUGCUUUCAGUUGGUAACAAAUUGAUUUUCGCAUCUGCCGGGACAUUCAGACGGUUAUUGCUGUCGAAGAAUGUUUUAAAUCCAAAGAUUGUCCAGGUUCCACUGAGCUGCUUGGCGUGUGGAAAGGUUCAGGUGGUGCAAAAUGAACAUGAAGUCAAGGGCAUAAAGAACAGAUUCAUACUGAACAAUGCUAGUGCUUACAAAAGAAGAUUCCAGUCAACAGCUCCGGGAUCUGAAGGCACUGUUGGUGCAAUAGAAAAUAAAGAAAAUGGUGGAACAUGGAUUGACAAAAUCAUCAAGGUUUUGAAAGUAGUGGCUGCACCCUUAGUGAACAAAACAGUUUUAGUGGGUGGUGCAAGGAACAUGUAUGAGUGUUGCGUGGAAGGAAUGAAUUUUGAGGAGUUCUUUGAAGCUCUCGAAUUACCUGACACAUUGCAGUCAUGGUUUCUUGUGCUUCACCUUCACAUUUGGAUGUGUUUGGUGCGGCUCAAAGCUGAGGGUAAAGAUGGGAGAUACAUGUACAAGACACUUGUUAGGAUGAUGUGGCUUGAUGUGGAGGAAAGAAUUGAUAACUUAGGGACCAUUGACUCGGUUCAGAAGCGAGAUACCCUGCUAGUGUUACAGCAGCAGUUCAAUGGUCUAUCAAUUGGAUAUGAUGAGGGUUUGCUGUGUGAUGACAGAGUCCUGGCCACAGUUUUAUGGAGAAACUUGUUUCAGAACAAGAAUCGCACAGAUGCUGAGCAGCUCGGCCGGCUGGUGGAGUAUGUCAGGAAAAACAUUCAACAUUUGGACAGCCUUCCCACUGAACAUGUCCUACAGGACGGAAGAAUCACAUGGCUUCCUUUGAAUGAGCAGUUUGAAGAAGGAGACAAGGAGGAUAAUGAUUGAUUUGGACUGACUUUUUGAAGUUCAGACUUGCAGGCAGUGGACUGAAUUUCAACCAACAC